UACCGGGCGGUAUUUAUUGAAUGAACGAGCCGUUUAUCCUCACUCUGUUCCUGUGACUUUGAGGAUUUUGUUUCGGUGUAUCUACUGUGCCUACACGCUUGUGCUUUUUGCAAUCAUGUCUGACAAACCCGACAUUGCUGAGGUUACGACCUUCGACAAAACCAAGCUGAAGAAGACUGAGACACAAGAGAAGAACACACUGCCAACUAAAGAGACCAUUGAACAGGAGAAGGCGGAGUCAUCAUGAAGACCGGUCUCCCAUGUGUUGCACAUUCCACAAGUGUCGCUGACUUGAACCACUUCACGAUUGCAUUUUGUCUUCCUGCACUUGCUAAUUCAUAGAAAUGUCUACAAAUUCCACCAGAUGUAAAGAAAAUGGCUUCACUUUAGCAUGGGCUCAUCCCCUUGAAACCCUGCAGUGGAAUGAUUGCAAGAUGGACUUGCACUUCAUGAUCAUUGUUGGCCUUUUUUGGCCAAUUCUGAAUACUCACUAAGCAAGGUGUAUCGUGUAAACCUUUGCAUGCACAAGUUUCAAAAUGUAAAAUAAAACAAACUUGAAUAAA